ACACAACAUCGCGGGAAGUUGACCACUAGGCACUGGCAUUUCUCCGUAGAGGGACUACAUAUAGAUGAAUGGAUAAAAAUAGAAUGAUGGUCCAACAACAGAACGCAUUGGAUAUAUCAGUUCGUCGUGGCUGCAAACCAGUGACGUUUCCGAACUCGCCUAUCAACGAACCUCUCAAUUUAUCUCUAACGGAUAGACGCUCCCCACCACCGGACGUAACGCCUCCCCAAACGCCUGCUACGCCUCUCACGCCUUCGACGCCCUGUAGUCCAGCGUCAAGGAUUGCUUUCAAGAAAAGCUUAUUAAAACGCUUUUACGUGGACGAAAAGGGCGAAAGUCGAAAGAAGCUGCUACGCAAAGUAGACAAUCACGCUUCGCACUCGGCCGAUAGCGACCUAUCGAUAUCGGAUGCAAAAUGCCUGGACGAUAAGCCUUCGAAAGGUUUACCAGUUUCGCUUGCCGACCUCAGUAUACAGCAAACAUUGCAGUCGCACUACGCCGCUGCACCUGCGCAGUAUUUAGAAAAUUACGCCAUGCUCCAAAUGCCACCUCCUCCCCUUAUACCUGCUUCAUCGCCGCAUUUAGGUCACUUUGAUUAUAAUUUUAUACCGGAAACACCUACUUCACCCACAAAGAGGAAGAACGAAAAUGGGUCGCCGAUAACGCCAAAACGCAAGCGAGAUUCGUCGACAACGUACCUGUGGGAGUUCCUACUGCAAUUGUUACAGUCGCCUGAAUAUUGCCCCCGUUAUAUCAAGUGGACAGAUCGAUCGAAAGGCAUUUUCAAAUUAGUCGACUCAAAAGCUGUUUCGCGAUUAUGGGGUCUGCAUAAGAACAAACCGGAUAUGAAUUAUGAAACGAUGGGUAGGGCUUUACGGUAUUAUUACGCCAGAGGAAUUUUGAAUAAAGUAGAUGGACAAAGACUCGUUUAUCAGUUUGCCACUGUACCUAAGAAUAUUGUGGAAAUCAACUGCCAGGAUUCUUAGCCCUCAAUACGUUUCUCCUAGUUAUAUGAAAAAAUUUUUAUAGAACAAAUUUUUUCCAAUUUGCAGAAGAACUGUUAAAAAAGCCCUAAUAUCUUUCCUUUUACUUGUAUUAUUAUGAACCAUUUGGAAGAGAGAAUUGUUCAAGGAAACUUUUUUUGUUUUCUUUUAAGAAAAAGUUGGACUAGUCUAAAGAAAAGCCAAGAAAAAAUAGUAAAAAAUCUGAAAAGUUACAUUUUACUUCAAUUUUUGUUGUUUGUUUUCAAAUAUAUACAACAUUAUGGUUAUUUCAGGGAGAUAUGUAAAAUGAGUGCUACGCCAUCUAUGGCACUUGACUAUUUUCGUUAAUCACGAAUAUUUUGUUCAUUUUAAAAGACUAUCAAUGCCCUCCAAUUAACUAUUAGGUAGGUGUUUUUUUCAUUUGAUAAAAGGAAGAAACAGAUGGUCAAUAGAAGUAAAUCAGAUUAUUACAAAGUGAAAUUAAAUAUUAUCCUUACACUGUAAGGAUACUGUUUAAUCUAGAGUAUUCUAUUUUGAUAUAUUUCACUGUUAUGUAGUUUAUAUAUAGACAAUAUUCUUUUUUAUUACGUCUUUAUACAUAUGUACUUUUAAUGUAUAUAUUACCAUUAAUUCCUAUUUUACUUUAGAAAAGGCCUCAUACUCUCUAUUAAUAAUAUCCCUAAACAACUAACUACUGGUUUACUUCCCACCAAAUUUAAACUGUGAAAUUGAUUAGACUAUGAUUAGCGAGUCGAAUAUUAAAAAAAAACAUAUUAUCAUUGAAGUCAAGUAGGUUGGAUAUAACUAUAAAAGAUAAAGAAAUGAGAAUUGCGUACGAAACUUUCAAGUAAAACCUGAGCUGAAAAUUCAAGGUCACUUAAAUAUAGAAAUUUCUUUCUCACAGAAGAAGGUUACAAUGUAAAAAACUACAUUUAAAGUGUAUCGUACGAAACCUACUAAAGUAGAGACAAGUUUCCUUUACUCUCGUCCUAACUAUUAUGAAUUGAACAGCUAAUUGAUAAAGAAUUAUAUUGAGUUAAUGUUCCAAUUUUUGAACUGAUCUAAUGUCCCAAAUUUUUAAGGCGGUGUACUCGUCUUACAGUGAUUGUUUUUGUCGGUAGUUAAAGCAUACCACACUGCCCUGCAUGUUCAAAUGCAAGCUAACGAGUUAAAUUAAUAAGUAAAUUUCCUUUAAGGAGUAAAAGGGAAAUGAAGGAAUAUUGUGAUAAGGGAAAUUUGAAUUCAUUCUUAUUAUCUAAAGAGUUUAUUUUUCUGAACCGUGGCUUUG